CACGGGAUCCUGAUAUCGAGACGUGGGACGCAAUGCGGCAAAAUUUAGAUGAUACAAAAUACUGACCCACGCUAUAAUAGAAAAGAUCAUAAAGUGAGCAUUUUUUAUAAUUUUUGUUCUAUUAAAAAGUAUUCCUACUGUGAGUGUGGGUGCUGUGAAAAGGUGAUUUAAAAACACCUAACAUUUACAAGAUUAUAUACACAUAGUAGAUCUUUAAAAUGCUUAAGAAGUAAGAUAUUUUAUUAAAAAAAAAAGAUGAAAGAGAUGAAUAUGCUAUUAGCACCGUUAUGUCACGAGCCGACAUUUUGCUGCACCAGCUAUAUGUCUCCCCAGGGUAUUUAUCACACACACGUGUCUCUAUUAUUCACGGUUGUAGCGAAGUGGAGAUCCGUGUUUCAAAUCCAAGCUUCUGUGCGACUACGCUCUUCGCAGUUUUGGGAGUUUAGAACACAGUGUAAGUGACUCACGAAAUUUGCUAUGCGGAAACCAUGGACAGACGCUGAGCUAUAUUUGAAUGCGUCUAUUUUACAGAAUUUAUUUUCAUCGAAUAGACCAUGAUUUCUCAAAGAACUACACGACGAAGUCAGAUUGACCAAGUCAAAUUACAGAUUUUUUAGUUUUAAAAUUUUCCCUCACAAUAUAUCGUCGAAUAAUCAGCGGUAAUUUACUCAGUGCUUGUUGUUCUUUUCUUUAGCUAGUGCAGCUUUGUGGCACCAUAAAAGCUAGUGCAGCUUUGUUGCACCAUAAAAGCUAGUGCAGCUUUGUUGUACCAUAAAAAGCUAGUGCAGCUUUGUCGCACCAUAAAAAGCUAGUGCAGCUUUGUCGCACCAUAAAAGCUAGUGCAGCUUUGUUGCACCAUAAAAGUACAAUUAUUAUAAUUAAUAUAUAUGUUAUAUUAUAUAUAAAAAACUGCUACUGUGCUAGAGGUACAUGUGGUGUGAACUGGAUUGAAAUGUAAGAUGUCUCUCCUGAAAAUUACUCAUGGAUCGUUUAAUCAAUCCCAUUCUAUGUUCGGCGAAAGUGCUGGAAAACAGUGUGCAUGUUGUAGCUUGUAUGCAGUUUCUUUUUCAACUAGAGUAAAGUCCCCAGGUAAUUGGAAUGUUAAUGAUAUUGAUUUUAUCAUUACAGAAGCAGAUAAACUAUACAAAUCUCUCAAUAAAAACACAUACCUUACGGUACCUGAUCUACCAAACAGUGUGCCUAUAUUUGGAUCUAAUGUUACAAUUACUUAUUUAGAUAAAGAAUAUGGUCUUUUAAGUAGCUAUUCUAUUCCGCGCUUUUUGUCAAAUUUGAAUAACUCAAUUGGAGACGGGUUACUUUUUUUCGUGAAAUUUAUUUGUGUUGCGAUACUCCCUAAAAAGAACUGUGUCUACUUGUUUGAUUCUCAUAGCAGAAAUAACUGCGGUCAGCCAACACCUGAUGGUUUUUCUUCUUUAAUGAAAUUCCAAAGAAAGAGAGAUUUAGAAAUAUACCUUCAUACAACCUACAUUGAUCUAACGACAGUUGAUGAGCCAUAUGAAUUACAAUACAUAAGUAUUGAUUCAGAUGAAGAAGUAAGUCUUUCUCGACUAUAUUCUAACAAAGUCAAUAGAGAAAAGAGUCGUUUACGCAUGGCAACGGAAGCCAACAAGGAAAAAUGUAAAAUAAGACAUGCAACUGAUACCAACAAGGAGAAAGCUAAAAAGCAGCAUGCAACUGAGGAGAAUAAGCAAAAAGCUAAAAAACAGCAAGCAACAGAACACAGCAGGGAUCAAUCUAGAAAACGAAAGGCAACUGUUUCCAAUAAGGAGAAAGCAAAUACAUAUAACAAUGCUGAUGCUAAGCGCAAACAAAAAAGUGCUAAAACAAUAAAUGAUUGCAUUUUAAAUUUCCAGAAAGCUAUUCAGAAUGGCCCCUACUAUGUCUGCAUAGUUUGUAAUAGGAGCCUUUACAAGAAAACUGUAAAAUUAUUUAGCAAAAACAAUUAUGAAGUAAGUUUAUACUAUGUGUUUACAGAUGUUCUAUGCUUUGAUUCUCAUGCUUACAUUUGCAUAACUUGCGAUAAGUAUUUAAAAAAAGCUGAGAUACCCCCGCAGGCUGUUUGGAAUAAGUUAAAUAUUGUUGAUCUUCCUAAUGAAAUUCAAUGUUUAAACAGACUUGAGCAAAUUCUGAUUUCAAAAAGAAUAUUAUUUAAAAAAAUAGCUGUUAUGCCUAAAGGUCAACAACAAAAGAUAAAAGGUGCUAUUUGCAAUGUUCCUAUUCAAGUAGAAGCCGUUAAUAACUGUCUUCCUCAGGGUAUAGAUAGUAGUGGUGUAUUGUUUGUUAAACUGAAGAGAAAAUUGGCUUAUCGAGGCCAUGUUGUGUUUCAAAGUGUACGUCCUGAGCUUUUAAACGAAGCCCUACAAUAUUUGAAAAAUUUCAAUUCCUUUUACUCAGAUGUGCUGAUAAGAAUGGAUAAUAUAACCCAGGAAUUUUUAAGUUUAUGUGAUACAGAUGCUAUGGUUGACACAAAUGAAUUUUCAGUAACAGUUGACAUUGAUGAUGACAAUUUAGAAGCUGAAAACCCCCUAAGUAUGAAUUGUGCAAGUAGUGAUGAAAUGUGUGUUAUACCAAAUUUCCAAAAUCCAGAUGAUGAGGUUUUAGAUAUUGCUCCUGGUGAGAAUAAACAACCACAAUCUUUUUUUUCUGACCAAUACUGUGAGGAGCUUGCAUUUCCCUUUUUAUUUCCCACUGGAAAAUUUGGGUAUAAGGUUGCUAGACCAGUGUACUUGACAGCGACAAAAUAUUUCAACCAGCGUUUGUUAAAUUUUUCCCAGCGCUUUUCUUCAAAUGCUGAUUAUAUAUUUUUUGCUCAUUAUGUAAUGCAACAGUCAAAUUUGUUUAAUCAAAUAAAUAUUGCAACGAAAAAGGUAAAGGGCACAAUAACGGCUGGGCAGUUGCAAAUUAAUUUUCAUGAAACAGUUCGUUCUUUUAUUUGUGAAGGUCAAGGUUACCAAUUUAUGAACUCUAUUAAAGGAACACCUGCUUAUUGGAAACAUUUUCUUUACGAUGUUUUAGCAAUGGUUAAACAGUUAGGAUUGCCAUCAUACUUCCUUACUCUGUCAUGUGCAGAUUUGAGAUGGGAUGAACUGGUAGUGAUAAUAGGAAAAUUGAAUAACAUUGAUGUUAGCAGUAACGAAUUGGAUUAUUUUAGACGUUGUAGUAUUCUUAAUCAAAACCCAGUUUUAACUGCAAGGCACUUUCAAUACAGAGUAGAGAAUUUCUUUAGAGAAAUUUUGCUUCAUAAGAGUAGUCCUAUUGGCCAAGUAGCUAAUUAUGCUAUUAAAGUCGAAUUUCAGUUUAGAGGUUCACCCCACAUCCAUGCUUUUCUUUGGUUGUUAGAUUCACCAACUCUUACAAACGAAACCACAGACAGUUACACAUCUUUUGUUGAUAAUACAAUACGCGCAGACCUCCCUGAUCCAUUAAUUGAGCCUGAAUUACACAACCUUGUCUCUCAAUAUCAAAUCCACUCUCAUUCAAAUUCUUGUCGCAAAUACAAGAACAUUCCAUGUCGUUUUAAUUAUGGACGUUUCUUUACUGAUCGAACAGUUAUAGCCAGUCCAUUACCAGAGAAUAUGUCUGAUUCUGAAAAAUUGAGUUUAUUAUCAGAAAGAACUAAAGUAUUAAAGAAAGUCAAAUUAUUUAUCGAUGAAAAUUUAGACCCUAGUAAGCCUAACUACUUGAGCGACAGCUGCAAGUCCAUACCAGAGAUUUUAUUGGAACUUCACAUAUCAGAAGUUGACUAUUAUAGGGUUUUAGCAAUAUCUCCAAAUCAAGACUUUGAAAUAUACUAUCAUCGACCACCAAAUUCAUGUUUUGUAAAUAAUUACUUUGCAGCAGGACUUUUAGCUUGGAAAGCCAAUUUGGACUUGCAGCCUGUGUUCAAUUAUUAUAAAGCAGUGUCAUAUAUGUGUUCUUAUUUCUCUAAAUCGGAAAAUGAGUCAUCUCUUGCAAUGAAAAAGGCAGCUGAAGAGUCUGAAAAUUUAAACUUGCCAGAUCGUAUGAGAAAAUUAGCCUUAGCAUUUUUAUCACACCGCCAAUGUUCAUUACAGGAAGCUGUUUAUCAGGUAUUGCCAGAGUUAUGGUUACGUAAAUGUUUCCCAGGAAUUGUGUUUGCUAAUACAAAUUUGCCUGAUAAAAGAUACAGAGUUUGUAAAUCUGAAGAAGAAUUAGAAGAAUUGCCUCCAGAUAGUACAGAUGUUUUUAAGCGCAAUAGUUUAGAUCGAUACAUGGAUCGACCCAAUGUUACAUUUAAGCGUGGUCAAUAUUAUAUGAUUAACAAUUUAUGUUUUGCUGAAUUUCUUGCGUAUUAUGUGCUGGACACAAGUAAAAAGCUUGACAUAGUAAAUGAUUAUCAACCAGAGGUUCUUUUAGAUGAUGAUGAAAUUUGUAAUCCCUUAUUGCGUUUACCUAAGUCUGUUCCUCUGAUGUCUUCCAAAGAAAAAUUGAAACGGAGAAAUAAAAAGCGUGUUGUCCGUUAUCAUACUCCUAAUCCAGUUAAUAAAGCGGAAGAGUAUGCCCACCAUUUGUUGAUGUUAUUUUACCCCUUCAGAAAGGAAUCUGAUUUACUUAGCGAAGUUGGAAAUUCUUAUGUUGUUAAACUUAAUGAUCCUGAGGUUCUGAGCAUUGUUAAUGAGAACAAGGCUAGAUUUGAACCAUGGGGUGAUAUGGUAAAUAAUGUUUUAAUGAAUGCUGAUUUUUCACCUCGAACUGAUCAAUUUGCGCAACAAGAGAAUGACAAUGUUGAGGAAAAUGUAGUUAGGGAUAAUGAAUAUCAAGGUGAACAAGCUCAAGGUUUAAAUGCUGCAGCUUCUUCGAAUGCAGGGCACACAUCAACACAGAUUAAUUUAAUGUCAGAUGAUAGUAUUAAUGAAUUAAUACGUAGUUUAAACGAAAAACAACGUUUUCUUUUUGACGUAAUUAAUAGAUGGGCCCGAAGGCAUGUUAAAAAUUUAUCAGCUGAAGAAGUUACAGAAAAUCCUCCUUUGCAUUUAUUUGUUACAGGUGGUGCAGGAACAGGCAAAUCCCAUUUGAUCAAAACUAUAAGUGCAUCAGUUUCAAAAACUUUAUGUUAUAGGUCUUCAUGCAUUGAAAAACCAAAUUUGCUUUUGCUUGCACCGACAGGUGUUGCAGCAGUGAAUAUCAAUGGAACCACAAUACAUUCAGCUUUAGGAAUUUCUGUAGAGUCUCGUGGGUUAACCCUUCACAAGCUUCCAGAUAAAAAGAGAUGUAAAUUAAGGCAAGAGCUAUCAGAUGUUAAAGGUAUCAUUAUUGAUGAAAUAUCUAUGGUAUCCAAUAAGUUACUGUUGUAUGUGCAUCAAAGGUUAAUAGAAAUAUUUGGAUGUGUUUCUGAUUUUUCAAAACCAUUUGCUGGCUUAACAAUAAUUUUAGUGGGUGAUUUGCAUCAAUUACCCCCCGUAAUGCAAAAACCAAUUUAUGCAGAAUUCAGCGAUGAAUUGUAUAACAUUUAUCCACUAUGGCGAAACUUUCAGAUGUGUGAAUUGACUGAAGUUAUGAGACAACGGGGUGAUACUGUUCUAAUUGACCUACUAAAUAAUGUUAGGCUAGGAACUCUAUCUUCACAGGAUGAACAUCUCAUCCGUUCACGAUUCAUUGAUGAAAAUAGUAAACACUACCCAAUAAAUGCAUUGCAUAUUUAUGCAGAAAAUGAGCCAGCUAGAGUUCAUAAUGCAAGAUUGUUAAAUAGUUUAAACAGCGCUUUGAUAACAAUAGAUGCCAUUGAUCAAGUUCCGAAAGAAGUCCCUUCUCAUGUUUAUGAAAGAAUUCAAAACUUAAGCCAAUCAAGAACUGGUGGAUUAGCUUUCCAGUUAUCUUUAAAGAUAGGUGCUAAGGCAAUGUUGACAUCUAAUAUUGACAUUCCUGAUAAGCUAAUAAAUGGUCAAAUUGGUACAAUAGUCCAUGUUGUAGCGCAAAAUGAUUCAAUUAAAACCAUUUAUGUUGAAUUUGACAAUCUAAAUGUUGGAACAAGUAAAAUACGUUCAGACAGACUUGCACAACAAUUAAAUGCAGUACCAAUUGAUCGAGUGACUACCGAAAUAAGAACAAACGAGAAAAAACUUUCCUCUCCGGUCAUUAAACGUACCCAAUUUCCUUUAAUGUUAUCAUGGGCUUGUACUGUACACAAAGUUCAAGGCCUAAGUUUACAAGAGGUUGUCAUUAGUUUUAAUUUGCUGAAACAGAGAUCAUUCAAUAAUGGACAGAUGUAUGUAGCUCUCAGCCGUGUAACGUCUUUGCAAGGGCUCCACUUAAUAGGGGUGUUCAAGUCCAGUGCCAUCAAUGUUGACGACAAAGCUAAAAAAGAAUAUCAGUAUUUAAGAGAAAAUCAAAGUUUAAGUUUUACAACAGAUUUGGUGGCAAAGGAAUCUGAACAUAGCAUAUUGUCUUUAGUUGUUUGUAAUGUAAGAUCAUUGCGUAAGCAUUGCAAAGAUUUAUCUUGUGAUAAAACACUUUCAUCUAGUGAUAUUAUUCUCUGCACUGAAACGCAACUGACAAAUACUGAAAAUUUAACAGAUAUCAUGAUUGAUGGUUUUAAAUUGACGUGUAAUAAUGAUAAUGAACACAGAUUUUCUAGCUUAGCAAUGUAUUACAAAAACAAAAUUGAAUUACUAGAUCAUUUCAAAAUUAAUGGUUUUUCUGUUUUAGAAGUUUUAAAUAGCCAUAAUCUUCCAUUGAAAAUUAAAAUAUUGUUAUUGUACAAAAAAAAAGAUAUGCUAGUUGGACAAUUUUUAGAAACUCUAGGCUACCUUUCUGUGUCUAUGAACAUUGAUAUUGUUGUUGGUGAUUUUAAUCUAAAACCAAAUGCACUGCUAGAACAAACGCUUAAUGGUUAUGAACAGGUUGUUUCAGAACCAACGCAUUUAGGGGGGUCGAUACUAGAUCAUGUAUACAUAAAAAAAUCGUUAUUAGAACAGUUUCUUGUUUAUGUGAGUGUAAAAAGUUUGUUCUUUACUGACCAUGAGGCCAUUACAAUUUCUCUUAGAAAUAAAUAGAUUUACAAGAUUCUGGGGGAGGGUGUUGUGGGAUGGUGGUUUUGAGUUUAGGUUUUGCACUGACAAUUACAUAGGGCUUAAAAUAACGGGCGGUCGUCACUGCAAAGAAGAGGCUUUUCAGAGCAUUUUCAGUCCACAAGAUGGCCUCGCCUUUUUGGAAAUGCUCUGAAAAGUGAAAUGCUCUGAAAAGUCUUUUCUCCACAGUGAUGACGUCCUGUUAUUUUAAUAAGCCCUGAAGUAGUCAAGUAAGGAUUCGAAAUAAAUAAAUAAUAUGAUGUGAUUGUGGAAAUAAGAGUGAGUGUCUGCUCAACACUUUUUGAGACAUUGAUUUCAAAGCACUUUUUUGUUUUACCACCACCUACAAUGAGAGGCUACUUACUUUAUAUGUGUAGAGAUAUGCAUGGCAUUGAUAAAAAUAAUGCUAAUGUUGAUUUUAUUUUGUGAUACUGUAUAGUUCAUUGUAAUGUUUAUUCUCUUUCUAAUUUAAAGUAAGUAAUAAGCCUUCUAAUUGUUUUUACAAUAAUUAUGUAUUUUUCGUUUAUAAAACUCUCGAUAACUAGAACUCUGAAGGAGUAUUUGGGUUAUUGAGAGGGAGUUGCACUGUGGGACCAUCCAUUUAGUACGUACGCAUCUAAGUGGGGAGGGGAUCUGAUAAAUGCGUACAUCUAUUGUUUGAAUGACAUCACUUCUAUUAUUUUCUGCGUACUAUGGGGGGAGGGUUUUUUUUUGCGUAUAUACUUUGUGGAUGCUCCUUAUAUUAAAUUACUUUUUAGUAUAUGUAUUUGAAUGUUAUUAGAAAAUCUUUGUAGAAAUUCUCCAACGAUAUACAAAUCUAAUAGACAAUUGAAAUAAUAAUAACAUUCACUUCGAAAUGGCAAUAGACUUUUAACUCACGUAUCUCAAAGAAUUGGAUAACGAAACUUAAAACUGAAAUCCACUUUGAAAUAAAUGUUGCUGGUUUUCAAAUUGAAACUGUUGAAAUUGUCAAAUUGAAAGUGCUGUUUCGAAUUAAAAGAUUUUGUUAUAUGGAUAUACCUACACAAUGUUGUCAUUGGAUAACCAUACCUUACACAAAGCAAUGUUUCCUAGUUAAAGAUAUGAUUAAUCAAUAAUACAAAAACAAGUAUUCCAGCUCUGUGUGAUAGCUAAACGAAGCCACCAUCUUCAUAAUUCUACCUGCCAAGUGGUUUAUGUAUUGUUUCAUUGAUACCUGGUGAAGAAGGUCUAUGUGAUAUUUAUUAUAGUAGAAGAUGUCAUUAAGACGACAACGCUUCGUUUUAUUUCGUGAGUUGAUGAAAAGAGAAAUUUACCGCAGCAAUUUUAUACAAAAUAAACGUACUCGGGAGUAAAAUAUAAAGCAUACACUACUUCCAUAUAAUCUAUUUACUGGAAAUCAGACUGUUUUGUCCGGCAAUUUUUCCUAUGCCAAAUUCAAUUAAAGCUCAAGGAAAUGCAAGAGAAAGGAAUCGGCAAGGAGUCUGUUCUCACUGUUUUAUUUUCAUGUUUAAAUUUUAUUCUUACGAAAACCUAUGAACAAUUGUAAUUGCGUUUUCUUUUGUUAAAUCUAUGAAAGCUAAAAUCCGCACAA